UGCUUUCAGUAGUGGGACGGCAGACGGCCACACUAGACGUGUCGGUUCUUGGCUCCUUCUCUCUCUUUUUUUAUUGCCUCCCCCCCUUUCGUCCAAUUCAAAGUCUUUUUGGCCGUGCGUGUUUUGUUUGGUUUUUGGAAAGCCAUUUUUUUGCGUGGAUGAAAUUUGGGUUUCAUUGUUGGAUGUGUCGUCGACGGUGAAGAAUAUCAUCAACAAGAAAAUUAGUGUCGUAGUUCAUUUGUUUUUGUUUGGUUUAUUUUUUUUUUUCGGUGGUGAAACGAUUCGUUUUUCUGUUGUUGUUGUUGUUGUUGUUCGUGGAGUGGUGGGCAGAAGAGAUUUCAAAGUGCGUCAUGUCGUCAUCGUCGUACAUGGCGGUGGAAGUGCUGGAGAGGAAGUUGGCCGCCCGUGACAAGGAGCUCAAGGAGCGGCUGGAACGCAUCAGCCAACUGGAACGAGAGCUGAGCCAGCGCGACGCUCUCGUCCGUCAGCUGCGGGCCGACUUAGACAAAUGCCAACAGGUGUUGAAGCCGCUCAACCAGCACGUCCAGCAAGAGCAGGGACUGAGCGCCGACAUGGCCAAAAUCGCUCCGUGGCGCGUCGGCAGCAAAAACGGGCCGGCCGCUGCCGCUGCUGCCGCCGCCAGCGGCUUGGAGCCGCGCUUCAAAAGACUGGCCAUCUCGGCCGAGCCGCUCCUCUUGCCGCGCUCUUUGCUGCUGGCCAACGCGGCCGAAUUGAAGCAAUCGUUGCCCGUCAAUCGGCAGCCAAAAAGCGCAACAUCGCGGGAUUUGAUCAAAGCGGCAAUCCUGGGCAAUGAUUUCAUGAAGAAUUUGGAAUUGGCUCAAAUCCGUGAGAUCGUCGACUGCAUGUACCCGGUGGAUUACCCGCGCGGCAGCCUCAUCAUUAAGGAGGGCGAUGUCGGCUCCAUCAUGUACGUCAUGGAAGAGGGCAAAGUGGAAGUGUCGAGAGAAGGCAAAUAUCUGAGCACCAUGGCGCCCGGCAAAGUCAUGGGCGAGUUGGCCAUCCUCUACAACUGUAAACGAACGGCCACCAUUAAAGCGGCCAUCGACUGCAAAUUGUGGGCAAUCGAGCGUCAAGUUUUCCAGACGAUUAUGAUGCGGACAGGGUUGAUUCGACAGGCCGAGUACACCGUCUUCCUCAAAAGUGUGCCAACGUUUACGAAUCUCCAAGAAGAGACGCUCAUCAAGAUCGCCGACGUCCUCGAUGAGUGUUUUUACAAUCAAGGCGACUACAUCAUCCGGCAAGGAGCGCGAGGUGACACCUUUUUCAUCAUCAGCAAAGGGCGGGUGAAAGUGACCAUCAAGGAUCCGAACAGCGUCCAAGAGGAGUACAUUCGGUCGUUGCAGCGCGGUGAUUUCUUUGGCGAAAAGGCCCUCCAAGGGGAAGACAUACGAACGGCCAACAUCAUCGCCGACGAUCCCGAAGGCGUCAGCUGUCUGGUGAUUGACCGCGAGUCGUUCAACCAGCUCAUCAGCGGACUGGACGAGAUCCGCACCAAAUACGUGGACGAUGGCAACGCCAGUCGCAAGAUUCACGACGCUUUUGCGCACGUCCAGUUGAGCGACAUUCGCGUGAUAGCCACGCUGGGUGUCGGAGGAUUCGGCCGCGUCGAGCUCGUUCAGAUCAGUAACGACACGUCACGCUCCUACGGACUCAAGCAGAUGAAAAAGAGUCAGAUCGUAGAGACGCGACAGCAGCAGCACAUCAUGUCGGAGAAGGAGAUCAUGGAGGAGGCCAAUUGCGACUUCAUCGUCAAACUGUACAAGACGUUCAAAGAUCGCAAGUAUUUGUACAUGCUGAUGGAGGCGUGUCUCGGCGGCGAGCUGUGGACGAUUUUGCGCGACCGCGGCAAUUUCGACGACUCUACGACGCGCUUCUACACGGCGUGCGUCGUCGAGGCGUUCGAAUACCUGCACAGCCGCGGCAUCAUCUACCGCGACCUGAAACCCGAGAACCUGCUGCUCGAUACGCAGGGCUAUGUCAAACUGGUGGAUUUCGGUUUCGCCAAGAAGUUGCAGGCCGGGCGGAAAACGUGGACGUUUUGCGGCACUCCCGAGUACGUGGCGCCCGAAGUGAUUCUGAACAAAGGGCACGACAUCAGCGCCGACUACUGGUCGCUGGGCGUGCUCAUGUUCGAACUGUUGACGGGCACGCCUCCCUUCACCGGCUCCGAUCCCAUGAAGACGUACAACAUCAUCCUCAAGGGCAUUGACGCUGUCGACUUUCCGCGCAACAUCACCCGCAACGCCACCGCCCUCAUCAAAAAACUCUGCCGUGACAAUCCGGCCGAGAGAUUGGGCUACCAAAAGGGCGAAAUCCGUGACAUUCAGAAACACAAGUGGUUUGAUGGAUUCAACUGGGAGGGGCUGCGCAAUCGAACGCUAACGCCGCCCAUCAUCCCCCAGAUCCGCAGUGCAAUGGACUCGUCCAACUUUGACGAGUACCCACCAGACAUGGACGGCCUGCCACCCGACGACGUGUCCGGCUGGGAUGGCGACUUCUAAGUCAACUUUUUUUUUUCUUUUCUUUCUUUUCUUCUCGCGUUUUUCUUUACACCCGCAAAACACGCACGGUACACACACACACACGCAAACCUUUUCGCCUAAUUUUGUUUCUGUUCACAAUCCAAUCGACAGUUCGACUUUAUGUCAAACAAUUUUUUUUUGGUUUUUUUUCCCCACCUGCCCCAAUUUUUUUUUUUUUUUUUUGCGUGUGUCGUUAUUUGGAAUCACCUUCUUCAAAUCCGUUUGACUGUUAACUUUUUUGCAUAAAAAAAAAAACGCCCACACACACACACACACACGCCCGUACAGUUCAAAAGAAACGAAUGUGGACAUGAUUUUUUUUUUUUUUUUCACAUUCUCUUUUGUUAGUUUUCCCUUUUUUUUUUUAAUUUUAAAUAUUUUCGGUGGGACUUUCGUCAUCGUUUGCUGAGAAGGAAAGAAAAACAAAAUUAUUAAGUUGGACAAUUCAGAAAGAAAAAAAAAAUAAUAUUUCAUAAUUUAUCGAUUAGUUAAAACAAAACGCAGGCCUAUACACACACAUACACACGAUUUGUUAUGUAAUAUUUUACAUAUUAGAAGCAACACAAAAAGCAAUAACCGUUGGGUGCCUUUUUUUUCGGAUAAUGUUCUUUUUUUUUCUUUUACCGUUGUUGUUGUUCCCCUACCACCCCUGCCACCCCAUUUCUUUCUUUAAUUGGAAAAGAAAGUUUUUUUUUGUAUUUCUCGAUUGUUGGAUCGCCAGUUGCAAUCAUAUUCCAUUUUUCGCCACUCUUUUCUCGCUCUUGUGUCAACAUCCUGCGAUUCAUUUUCUUUCGGGGGGGAGUGUUUCUUCCCUCCGAAAAGAAAAUCAAAAAAUUAUUCACCUGGGAUCGAAAGACACACAGAACAACAACAACAACAACAAAAUGGGAGUUAUGUAUGCCUUGUUUACCUUGUUCUCCUUUCUCGCUCCUUUCAGAAAUUAACUCACUCACUCGCUCUUGCCUCUCUCUCUCUCGACUUGUCUGCCACACCCUCAAUCGAGACCACACACAGAUGGACAUAUUACAACUGCACACACACACACACACACACACCAACAAUGUCUCCCAGUGACGCAAAAAUAAAAGAACGAGAGUCUGUGUCAUCAUCCUGCCUCCCCAAAUAAAUUUGUUAUAUCCCCACUCGGUGCAAUCAGCAAUCAAAUCCGAACGAGAUUUGUAUUGGAAAGAAAAGAAUUGUAAUUUUUUUUUUUUUUUUUUUAAGGUUUUUCGUAUUGAAAGUUGCAAUUUUUGUGAAGACGAAAAGAUGAUUUCAGAUGAUAGAGAGAGAGAGAGAGUCAUCCAUCACUCGUGCCUUUUUGUCUCUCUCCUUCCUCAAUCCGCAAAGCCUUAUUCGAUGUGUUACUUUGUCGUUGUGUUGUCAUCGUCAUCCCCUCUAUUUCCAACAUGUUUUCCCUGUCAAACUGCCUUUAAAAAAACAAAACAAAAAAAAACCCCUGUGAAAUUGGAAAGAAUUCAUUUGUUUUACUCCUCUCUCUCUCUCUCUCUGCCUCUUUGACAUUUGAAUUUUGGCGCUCGACAACGAGAGCUAUAAAGGACAAGGAGGAGUUUGGACGAGAGUAGAGAGGCUCGGAGUGUUGGGAUAAAUUUAUUGUAGUUUAAAAUAAUAAUAAUAAUUAAUAAUAAUGAAAUCUUUUUGAA